UUAUUUUUUAAAAGGAUAUUUUCUUAUCUGUCUGAUCAUUGAUUUUAAAAAUAAUCUAUUCCUCAGUCUAUUCGUAUUAUCGCUUAUUCGAUUUUUAAAGAUGCGCUUUAAAAUCUUGUUUCUGACCCUAUUUAAUAUUCUUCUAAUGAAGCAGUCCAGUGCUUUAACGUGCUAUACGUGUUCAGUGUCUGAAAAUGAUGCUGAUACUACGUGUGCGGAUAAUGUGACUAGCAUGCCUUCUGAUAGUGGCAGUAUUACCGAUUGUGACAAAAAGUUUUGUACUAUUGUAAGGGUUGAAUACUUGGAUCCUAAAGGCAAGUUACAAUCUUUUGGACGAAGCUGCAUGGAUGUCGUACCAGUGGACGGCGUCUACGAAGAUUCUACCUACCGUACUUACCAGUGGUCCUGCAAAACCGAUCUUUGCAAUAGCGGAAACGGCAAAACCAGCAUUAAUGAUGGAUCUCGCAGUUUGGGAGAUAAAAGUACUAUAUACGCACCUGGAACAGGCCGGUCUUCAGCUGAGGAGGUUGCAGGGAGAUUGCUGCUAGUAUUAAGCUGUUUUUUACUUAUGAAAAUAAAUUAAUCCUACUAAAUUAUA